CCCAUAUGUCGCACAUUCUUAUUACACUGGUUUGAUAAAAGCCCUACCUCACCGUACCGGGUGGCAUUGCAUGACAUAGCGCAGUCUGUACCAGCUUUUUCCGGGGCGCUGGGUGAAGUUUGAAAAUCACCUGUCUUGGCUCGUUUGGACGUCACCGCUUUGGGUUAUAUGGUGCACACUCGCAAACACACAUCAACAGCAUACCACUUUGGCCCUCUUUUAUUCCAGCCUGAACGGAACUCGAUUCAGUGUCAAAGAGCACGACCGUGAACCAGCCCAAUGAGCGCAGACGUCGAGCACGCCCAACGGGCCGAGGAAGGGGAAGCACAGCACCAUGAACAGCAACAACACCAACAAACCCACCAGUCCGCGUCUAUCCCACGCAGCGGAUCGGGGCUACCGGACGAUGUCUCCAAGCGGUCGGAGGAACGGGAAGGUGGUGGGGAUGGUGUUACGAGGGCGUUGAGGCCGUUGGUGACUUUCUGGCUCCGAAGCGUCCUACAAACCUCCGCCAUACCCCUCUCCGACGGCAGCGACACCGACGACGGUCUAUGGAAUGAGCUGCGGUAUGGGAUACUGCUGUGCAAUGUCGUCAACGCGCUCUCGCCGGCCCCGGCGACGAAGCUGGUGCGGCAUAUUGUGACUGAGAAGAGUAUUGUGGCGGCUGUGGAGAAUUUGAAUGCUUUUACGAAAGCACUCACAACCUAUGGCCUCGAGAAACGCUACACCAUUCGCCCCAUGGAUUUCAUCAACGCCACACCCGCCGGCGACCGCGCAAUGGUCCGGACCCUCGCCGCGCUCGCAGUGCUCGCCUCAGAAAAGGGGUUUCAGGUGGCGGAUGGGCGGGAGGAUCAGAUGGCAGCGAUUUUGCAGAAUAAGGGAGCAAGUGGGGAGGCGGAUGAGGGGGCUGGUGGUGCGGAGGAAGGCGCGGAGAGGAUGCUGGAUGCCGUUUUGAGGAAGGUUGAAGUGCUGGAGGUGGAGGGGACGAAGGCGCUGAGUGGGAUGAAUGCUGUUCAGGCUAAGCUUAAACAUACAAUCAAAGGCCUGUGCGAUCCAGCUCACCGCACGCAAGACCUAACAACGGACGACGCUCGCGCAGUCUUAACCCAAGUCAGCACGCUAACCGACGAAGUCCUGGCCACCAUAUCCCAGCUCGCCGAGAACGUAGACCGUCUGGAAGCCUCCCAGCAAAACAUCUUAUCCAAAAUCGGCGACUUAUCCCUUGUGAGGAGCACAGAGUCCAUCGUCCCCAAAACGGUGUUGGUGGCAUCCGAGAACGAUGCGAGUGCCCCGGUAGCUGCUUCAGAGGAGCGGAAUACCGCUAACAAUCGAUUAAGCGUACCCCCAGCCCACAUCUCGAAGCCCAUCGACGGCCGCAGCACCUCCUCCUUCUUCACCGACUACCCGACCGACGACACCCACCAGGGACACUCCCAGACACCUUCUAUGUCCGGCGACCUGCCAGGCCUCGCCAACCUAUCAUCUACAAACGGUGGUGCACCAUUCCCACCUGCCGGCCAAGCGGCGGCGACGGCGCCAGCCGCCGCUGGCCCGAAACCGAUGUUCUCGAAGCUGCCGCCGGAGGUGCAGAAUGCGAACUUGCCGAAACAGGAGAUGAUGCGGUUGUCGGCGGUGUAUGAGUUGAUUGAGACGGAGGCGGACUAUGUGCGGGAUCUGUCGUUGAUGAUCAAUUUCCACAAGACCCAACUCCAAGAGACGCUGCAAGAAGAGGAUAUACAGACGUUGUUCUCAAAUACGGAUCAGUUGGUGCCGGUCAACCAGCAACUGUUGAGCCGUCUAAUCGAGAAGCGGGAUGCAGAUCCGCUGAUACCAGAAGUCGGUGACGCAUUGGUGGAUGUAUCUGAGUCAUUCAAAAUCUACACGACGUAUUGCGGAAACUAUCCAGAGGCGAUGAAGCUGGUGCACAAACUGCAGGCGGACCCGGAUAAGAAGGAGCAGCUUAACAAAAUGAUGAACAGUACGGAAGGUCGUGGACUCAGCCUGGAGUCAUUCCUGAUCAAACCUGUACAAAGGAUAUGCAAAUAUCCAUUGCUCAUUCGGGAGCUGCAAAAGCACACUGACAAAAUGAACAAAGACACCAUAGCUCUCAAACUGGCCAUGACCAAAAUCGAAAGCGUGGUGGCACAUGUGAACGAAUAUACCCGUCAGCUUGGUGAGCGCGACCGGCUCAUAAACCUGCAGUCGAAGAUCGAUAGCCCAAUACCAUUAGCGCUGCAAGAAAAGAAGCACGUUCGCGAUGGAUUGCUAUCACGUGUCUCGAACGGCAAAGCUCGAGAACGAUACGUCUUGUUGUUCACGGACGUGCUUCUGAUAUGUGCGCCACAGAAAGGCGGGCGAUACACUCUGGAAGCUGUCUACGAUAUGGCGGAUCUGAGCAUACCGAACGAGGCCAAAGAUCCCCAACCGAAGGGCCUCAAGAACGGCUUUCAGAUAGCCAGCGCAUCGGAGGGCAAGGCGAUGACAUUUUCAGUGCUGUCAGAAGCAGACCGCGUAAAAUGGCUUGAAGCUUUCCAAUCCGCCAUCAAAACGGCCGGAGAGGACGCGAAGAAAUCCGAUAACAUGAGCAAGCGGCUAUCCGUCGCGUUCACACAGCAGUUUCAAGCUUUCCAGGAAGAGGUGGGAGGCACGUCCGCCCGCCCCGUAAGUUGGGCAAUGUCGAUGGGGAAGAAGGGAACAUUGACAAAGUCCGGGAGUAGUAUGGGCAUGAGUGGAACAUUGAGAGGGACUAUCAAGGGAUGGUCGAAUCUGAAACGGAAAGAAUCGGACAUCAUUAGCACGAUUGGGAGUCAAGGAAGCUUCUCAGAGAUGGAGGCCGAGCAAGAAGUGUUUGAACCUGAGAUGGUCGAAAUAUCAGGACAAAUAUGGAAACGAGCCCAAUCCGCGAUGGGGACUUCGUACUACUACGCGCCGGAAACGAAGGAGACGAUGUGGCGUCUUCCGGACACAUUUGCUGUGCUCGAUCCAGAUACAGGGAAGCCCUACCCAGAGCCUGAAGCGGACGGCGAGGAGGAGGAUGACGAGGGAGAGGACGAAGCAGCUCGUGGAGACACCGUUGUGGAACCUGUGGAUGGUUGGCCAGAUUGGAGGAAAGCGGACCGUGGGGAUGAUAUGGUGUACUACUUCAACGUUGCUACCCACGAAACCAGCUGGACAUUACCGGACGCGACGCCGAUCGCAUCACACUAGACGCUUUCUAGGGAUUUCGGUUUUUUGAAUGCUAUUCAUAAGGAUGGGUUCUUUAUUUCACGUACAAUCCUUGAUGAUGCAUGCUUGACCUGAGCGGGCGCGGAUAUAUAAAUGAAUAAGGAGUCCCCGA